GCCGGAAGUGAUGGGCAGCCCCGCCCCUUGCUGGGGUCUCUAUUCAGCCGCCGACGCGCCGGCUUCGAGCAUCCCUGGUGGGGCUGGCUAGAGGCCCCGGGGCUGCGGCUCCGGAGGCCGUGGCACAGCCCGCCUGUGACAUGGCCAGCUCCGGAGAGGAGGGAAGGUGGAAGAGACGGUGCUGUCGAGACAAGUCCUCGAACUUCUGACAGUGGUGAAUACCCUUCCUGACCUGGCAGUGUCACUCGGCGUCCAUCGUGGCUUCCCCCUUAGGAGGAUGGAGGACGCUGCUUUGUCCCCAGAACAGGACAUGACCAGCGCUGAUGUGGAGGCCCCGGACACCAUGGCCCCAGACGCCACAGCUGAGACGGGGGGCAGCGUCCACCUGCUGGGCUUCUCCGACGAGAUCCUGCUGCACAUCCUGAGCCACGUGCCCAGCACGGACCUGGUAGUGAACGUGCGGCGCGUGUGCCGGAAGCUUGCAGCCCUGAGCCUGGACAAGAGUCUGGUGCACACCGUGCUGCUGCAGAAGGACUAUCAGGCAAGCGAGGACAAGGUGAAGCAGCUGGUGAAGGUGAUUGGCCGGGAGAUCCAGCAACUGAGCAUGGCUGGCUGCUAUUGGCUAUCUGGUUCCACCAUCGAGCAUGUGGCCCGCUGCCGUGGGCUGGUGAAGAUGAACCUCUCUGGCUGCCACCUGACCUCCCUGCGCCUCUCCAAGGUGCUCUCAGCCCUGCAGCAGUUGCGCUCGCUGGCCAUCGACGUGAGCCCUGGCUUCGACGCCAGCCAGCUGAGCAGUGAGUGCCGGGCCACGUUGAGCCGCGUGCGGGAGCUCAAGCAGACACUCUUCACACCCUCCUACGGCGUGGUGCCUUGCUGUGCCAGCUUGCAGAAGCUGCUGCUGUACUUCGAGAUCCUGGACCGCACACGGGAGGGCGCCGUGCUCUCGGGCCAGCUCAUGGUGGGCCAGAGCAACGUGCCCCACUACCAGAACCUGCGCAUCUUCUACGCGCGCCUGGCCCCUGGCUACAUCAACCAGGAGGUGGUGCGGCUGUACCUGGCUGUGCUCAGUGACCGCACACCCGAGAAUCUGCACGCCUUCCUCAUCUCCGUCCCCGGCAGCUUUGCUGAGAGUGGGGCCACCAAGAACCUCCUGGAGUCCAUGGCCCGCAACGUGGCCCUGGAUGCCCUGCAGCUGCCCAAGUCCUGGCUGAACGGCUCAUCCUUGCUGCAGCACAUGAAGUUCAACAACCCUUUCUACUUCAGCUUCAGCCGCUGCACGCUGUCCGGCGGCCACCUGAUCCAGCGCGUCAUCAAUGGUGGGAAGGACCUGCGGAGCCUGGCCAGCCUGAACCUCAGCGGCUGCGUGCACUGCCUCUUGCCAGACUCCCUACUCCACAAGGCUGAGGACGACAUCGACAGCAGCAUCCUGGAGACGCUGGUGGCCUCCUGCUGCAACCUGCGCCACCUCAACCUGUCAGCCGCGCACCACCACAGCUCCGAGGGCCUGGGCAGGCAUCUGUGCCACCUCCUGGCCCGUCUCCGCCACCUGCGCUCGCUGUCCCUGCCUGUCUGUUCUGUUGCUGACUCUGCACCUCGGGCUGACCGUGCGCCAGCCCAGCCUGCCAUGCACGCGGUGCCGCGGGGCUUUGGCAAGAAGGUGCGCAUAGGUGUGCAGACCUGCUCUGGCCCCUUUGCGGGCCACCAGCCCUCUUCUGCAUUUUGGUCCCUGCUGAAGAACCUGCCCUUCCUGGAGCACCUCGAGCUGAUUGGCUCCAAUUUCUCCUCAGCUAUGCCACGCAACGAGCCCGCUAUCCGCAACUCCCUCCCGCCCUGCAGCCGUGCACAGAAUGUUGGGGAUUCGGAGGUGGCUGCCAUCGGCCAGUUGGCCUUCCUGCAGCACCUGACACUGGCCCAGCUACCCGGCAUCCUGACUGGCUCAGGGCUGCUCAGCAUCGGCCUGCAGUGCCAGCAGCUGCAGUCCCUGUCCUUGGCCAACCUGGGCAUGAUGGGGAAGGUGGUCUACAUGCCCGCCCUGUCUGACAUGCUGAAGCACUGCAGGCGGCUGAAGGACCUCAGGCUGGAGCAGCCCUACUUCAAUGCCAACGCCCAGUUCUUCCAGGCGCUGAGCCAGUGCGCCUCGCUGCAGCGCCUGUGCCUGGUCUCCCGCAGUGGCACCCUGCAGCCCGAUGCCGUACUGGCCUUCAUGGCCCGCUGCCUGCACCUCGUCGUGUGCCACAUGUUCACCGGCGAGUCACUCACCACCUGCAAGAGCCUGCAGCAGUCCCUUCUCCGAAGUUUCCAGGCUGAGAGGCCCGCCCUGAAUGUUGUCAUCUUUCCCCUGCUCCAUGAGGGCCUGACAGACGUCAUCCGGGACGUCCCCAUGGUGCACCUGGAUGAGAUCACCUUGUUUAAAAGCAGAGUGGCCGAGGAGCCCCCAAACCUGUGGUGGUGAGAGGGCUACCUUCCUCUGCUGCUCACUGCCGCUGCCACUCUCACAGAGCCUGCAGCCGUGGACCCUUCGGUUUGUCACAGACAGAGGGAGAAUCUCUCCGCCGCCCCGCAGCCGCAGCCUGGCGCCCGUCUCUCGUCUCACUUUCCUUCCCAAGGACUUGUCGUCACUGGAAUCUGGGGUGAGGGUGUGCACUCCGGAUGACAGGGAGAGUGGGGUGGGGUAUCACUGUGGGGGCAGCGGUCAAGCUAGGUGGACUGUGGAUACCGUCUUCCCCCAGCCAUGUCUCCUCUGGCCGAGGAGUGCCCCUCUGCUGUGCUGUGGUCAGCGGGCGUUGGGCUCCGUGGGCUGGGAUGAGGCGGCUCUCUCUGCCGAGACGUCCACGCUGAUGUCUGAAAGUUUUGCACCUGCAGAAGUGGGGCGCCCUGUCCCCCUGAGAGGUAUCAGGCUGGGGUGUGGCUCAGUGUUGGAGCACUUGACCAGCAGGUGCGAGGCAUGUGGAUCUAGCCUAGAGCCACCAAAAAAAAGGACACAUUUUAACCCAAUUAUGUCUCUGAGAUGUUUCCAGCUGGAUGAUGUUUGUGGCCCAGCAGGGAGCCUAGAGCAGGGGCCGCCGGGCAGGCCCUGGGGGCUGGGCCUGUUUUCUCCCCGGGCCACCUGGUCCAUACACGAUCUGUGGCAUUGUUUGGCUUCAGAAAGCCCAGGUGCCAUAAAGGCCACUGUGUGCCUCUGAGAGACAGAUACGCAUUUGGCUUUUUGUUAGAGUACCUAGAAACGUUAAACCCAGAACAGUGUUUAAGCCUUGGACGUGGUCAGGCAGCCAUUCAGGGAACUUCAGUUAAGAUUUAGGGAAAACUCAGCAAAGCUGUUCCAAGGCCGAGGACGGACCUGCUCCAUCCAAGGUCACGCUGUGCCCCAAGGCUGUCUCUGCCUCAUACUCGCAAGACUUGACCCCUCUGAGGAGGCUGUGGCUGGGUCCUGUCAUCCUGGACUCCCGCCCCGGUGCCUCUUGGUCAUGGGUCUUCACAGGCCAUGGGCAUUGCCAACCUGGGCGCUUCCCAGCCUCCCAGGGGGUGAGGAGUGUAGAGGCCACCAGGCCUUGCCCACUGCCCUCUUCUAUGUUUCCAUGGUAACAGGUCCCCCUGUCUAUAUGGUGUCUGGCACAUCGCUUUGCUGAUGUUGGUACCGCUCUAUACUGGGCACUCGGGGCAAGCAGUGCCCAUCAGCACUGCCCCUUGGGGCCUAGGGAGUCAGGGAGGCUUUCAGAUGGGCCUAGGGCCAGGGCAAGGGGACACAGCCCUCUGCCUGCCUUGAUCCUGGCCCCAUUAAGUUGUAUGUCUGGUCUCUUUCUCUUCCCUGUGUCCAGCCCUGCUCUGUUGGGAGGGGUCCCCAGGCUGCAGCCAGCCAACAGAGGAACCUGCUGCAGCUGAUCCCUGGAGAUGUGUGUGACAUGGCAUCCAGAGCCACAGACUGGUCCCACCCUCCCCACAGUGCAGGCCAGGCCAGCGGGGGCCAGUGUCCCACAUAGCUAUGGACCAGGCCCCAGCGAGUGACCGGAACUCUGUCCCUGUUUCUUUAGAGCUUUAAAUUGGCACCUGAAUUGGCCACCAUGUGAUGAGAAGGGAGGCCCUGGGGCUCUGGGUGCCCUGGCUUUGUGCCCUCUCCUUCCCUUCCCAGCAGCCCCCGCUUGGGCAGGGAAUUGUCUUCCCGUGAAGAAUUUACUCCAAAGGCUGACCUGUUUUUGUGAUGUGGCUCACAAGCCUGUUGUCCUGAGCAAGCGGUUUUACCCAGCAGUGUAAUUUGUGCUCAUAAACAGGGCUGGGGGAGGGAACCAUGCACAAGAGGCUGGGCGCACAGACACAUUGGAAGGCCCCCCAAACAGUAGACCUAGUAUUUUUACUGUCCCCUGCAAUAGUCUUUUGACUUAGAGCGAGAAUUUCCACUCCUUCUACACAAUUCAGCAGAUGUUAAUAACGUGCUUAUUUUUGCUAAGUGCUAUUUUGGCACUGGUGUUAAUUGCGAUUUAUAUUCUGCAGCAUUUUACGCUGGGAAAAGAACCCACCCUAAUGGUCCCCAGUUGGCAGGACUGGGCUCUUAAGUGGCGGACCAUAUGCUGCCUGCUGGAAGGCGUGCGGUCAGCUUGUGUGCUGUAGCCUGGGUGUGCAUGCGUGUGUGUGCAUGUGUGGUUGUGUGCUGGGAUGUGUGUGUCUCUGUGUAUGUGUGCAUGCACAUGUGUGUGGCUCUGUGCAGGGAUAUGUGUGCCCAUCUGUGUUUGCAAGUACACGUGUACAGGCCAGCAUGAGUGUGAAUGCUUGUGUGUGUGCAUUUGCAUCUGCACUUGCAUGUUUGUGCACAUGGUCUGUAUGUGCACGUCUGCAGCACAUUAAGUCUGCAUCUGCUGAGUGUGUAAGAGAUGGGUGGGAGGAGGGAGGAGAUCAGCAGGUUUGUCCUUUGUUCUUAUAAAGAGAAAUCCCCUAAUCUGCCGUGGCCACCUCCACCCCUUGUCCCAGGAGCAGAUACAGUGUCCUUCCAUCCUGGGCCCUCAGACCCCAUAGCCCUGUGUCCCGAGUCCCUGUAACCUCCUCCUCAAGCCACACUGGGCCUCUGGCCUUGCGAAGUGAAGGCGUUUGAGGAAAGCAGAUGAAAGGUGUGUUUCUGAGCCCCAGGUCCCCUGUUCUGUGUGGCGUGGCUGACCUCAUUCUCAUCAUGCUGUCAUACUCGGGACAGGCCUGAAGGCCAGGUAGGGGCUGUAGCCAGCAUGGCUCAGACUCUUGGGCGCUAGACCUUGCUGAGCUCCUGUCCCUCAGCAGCAGCCAGCGUCUCAGCCACUCUCUGACCAGGAUGCGGUGCACAGAGCAGAGGCCCACAUGGCCAGCAGGCCUGGACCCAGGGCAGCAGGGCUGUGGGAGCCAGGGGUGCAAGGGCUCAAGACUGGGCCCCUGCAGGAUAUUUUCCAGGGAGGACAGCAGGGCCACCCUAGUUCCCCUCUGAGUAUGGCUGUUCCCCACUUCCCUUGUCUCCAGCGAUCAGCCCCUUUUAUGGUCUAGAGAUUACAGAGCUCCUAUAAAGGGAAAUGGGUUGGGGGUGGGUGUAACAGCAGCGUGGGAUCCAGCCAUGAGACCCGGGGCAGGGGAGUGCCUUCUGGAAAGGUGACAGGACCAUCGCUGCCUGCCCUUCCCAGUGGCCUCAGCCACAGCACUAAGGCUCAUUGUGACUGGUCCCUUAUACAUUUGGGGUUCAGGAUUCCAAAGGAAGCUUCUGGGGCCUACUGGGUACAGUAAACCAAUGUUCCGAGCUGUGGGUCCUAAACAAGUGACCAAUGUCAUCCCUGCCAUGACUUUACAGGGCAUGCAGGGCCUUGCACAGACACCACAUUCAGGUGCUGGGUCUUGCACUAAUGGCACGGGGUCACUGCCUGGCUGUGUCCCUCGCAGGACCUGCUUGAGACCUGGGGGCCCAGGGGACAGCCUGAUCCCCCUGUUCAUGUGAAGCAUCGGGAGCCAGGCACGCAGGGAAUGUGUGUCCAAGGGAGGUGUGCAGUAGGGCGUGCGCUGGCUUCCCAGGGUGUGCUGUGUGAACGAGUGUGUAUGUGCCCAUGCCGCCUGUGCAGGCAGCCUGCAGCUGGCCGCAGCGUCUCCCCCAACCCAUGCUGUCCUCUGAUCGUAACUUUCAUGUGUGGCUUUGCCCGGAACAGUGGGGCUCAGUGGGGCUUUUUGGUGGGUGGAGCUAAAGCCUUUCCCUGCCCCAGGCCUCUCCCAUCCAUGUGACCAGGUGCUAAAUGACCACCCCCUGCCUUUUGGUGACCAACCAUCCCUUCCCUGCCCAGUGGGGCAUCUCAUGGUGACACCCACUCCUAACACUUCAUCCUGGGUGGGUGAUUUCAUGUGAAUUUGUGGCAUGUGGGAAGUUUCAAAUAAAGUGGAUUCAUUAAGAAA